AUGGCAGUCAAUAUCUAUCAAUGCAACAGAACCUCAACCAACACAACAUACAACAAUGACGAGUUCAGGAUUGUGAUGGUGGGGAAGACCGGCGUUGGGAAGAGCGCUACGGGAAACACCAUCCUGGGAAAACAAGUCUUUAAAUCAGAGUCAUCCCCUAAUUCAUUGACCGACAUCUGCAAAAAGGCCUUUGGUGAAGUGAACGGGCAAAAUGUUUCUGUUAUUGACACUCCGGGUCUGUUUGACACCAAAGUUGAUAAGGAGAAAACCUGUAAAGAUCUGGCCCACAGCAUCAACUAUGCUUCUCCUGGACCACAUGUCUUCCUGGUCCUCGUCCCACUGGGCAGAUACACAGAGGAAGAGAAGAACACAGUGCUAGAGCUCCAGAAGGUGUUUGGAGAAGGUGCAGACAGAUACAGCAUGGUUCUCUUCACCCACGGGGACCAGCUCAAAGGGAAACCUAUCGACGAGUUCAUACAGGAGAGCGAAGAACUGAAGGAACUUGUGGGCAAAUACAACGGACACUACCACGUCUUCAAUAACGAGGCGAAGGAUCAGUCGCAGGUCACAGAGCUGCUGGACAAGAUCAGGAAGAUGAUGGAGGAGAACGGAGGGAACCAUUACACCACUGAGAUGUUUCAGAAGGCAGAGGAGGCGAUUAAAGAGAAAAAACAACGAAUCCUUAAAGAGAAAGAAGAACAAAUGCGCAAAGAGCGGGAGAGACUGGUGAAGAAAAUAAUGGAAAAGUAUGAGCAACAAAUGAGGCAAGUGGAGGAUGACAUGGAGAAGAUGAGAAAGUUAAUGGAAUCCCGUGAAAGAGAAACUAGAGAGGAAAUUGAAAAACUGAAGAAGCAGUAUGAAACUUUGGCCAGACGAGUGGCUGAGGGAGGGUCUCCAUUGGAUUUUCUGAUAAACUCCAUUAAAAAACUCUUGUUCGGGUGAAGCUUUUGCCUUUGAGAUUAGUUAACUGUUGCGUAAUAACAACAUUUACUCAAUGAAUGUUUCAUUAUACAGAAAUUAUUUGGGAGUUAGUUGUGAUUUAAUCGUGUGAUAUUUGUUUUCCCAAGAGGCAGAUCCGUCAUUGAGGAGCGAGCUGCUGUUCUCCACAUCUCAAAGAAAGUUUGCACAGUGUCAUUGAAAUGUGUCAUGUUUGAAUUUAAAUAAAUAUUUAAAAAGGU